UUUCCAAUGUGUCAGUUCUUCACGUCAGGUGGCCAGAGUUUUUGAGUUUCAGGUUCAGCAUCGGUCCUUUCAAUGAAUAUUCAGGACUGAUUUCCUUUAGGAUUGACUGAUUGAAGCUAGAAGUAGCCAUAAACCUACAGUGUGAAAUUGCAGCCUUUUAGAACUGAGAUAAACCUUAGUGACCUUGAGCAUAGACUCCAUCCCCUCUUUGAGGUUAAACGAUAUGCUAAUUAUUUGCACACAGAGUUGGACACGACUGAAGUGACUUAGCAGCAGCAGCAGCAGCAAGCCAGUUUUAAAAUUCCUUUCUUGAGUUUUUCAGUAGUUUUCUAAUCUUUUAUUAUGCUUAAUUCACUUUUAAUGCUUAUGGGGGAAAAAAGCCUCUAACAUUUUAUAACUCCAUCCUCCCCACUCCACCCUUUGGAUUUCAGGACAUCCUGGGAUACACACUUAUCUAACAAUACAUUUUAUAGGUUUCAUUCUUAAUUGUACGUUUUCAGUAGUAGUGCCAACAGGGGAUUAGUAAAUAAACUUGACUUUAAUUAAUAAAAGUCAAGUUGGUAGAGUUCAUCACAGGACACUAUCCCCUGGAGGUUGCAUUGGAGUGAGGGGGCUAUUUGCUUGGACGUGACAGGUGUAAGCAGUAACUCAAGAUGGCAGCUAGAGGGCGCCAGAAUUGGGAGAGGCGGAGGUGCGAUUGCUAGCGUGCUGGAAAGACUUGAGAUAUUCAGUCUAUUCUCUUCUCUCCCUCCUCCCAAACACCACCUACUGUGCAGUAACAAAUUAAAAUUUUAUAGUGAGUUUACCAGAUUUACAGAUGAAGAUAUCAAAACUCAGACAGAGGGGGUCAGCGUUUCAGAACUGUUAAUACCGGACGGAUCUGAGAUUCAGACCUCUGGCUUUUUAUUUCUAAAGCUUCUAUCCCUACACCAAUGCCAGGAUUAGGGAUGCCAGGAGUUACUUAUGUUCCUCAGUGAAGUGUGUUCACUGCAGAUGUUUCUUUAACACACAAAGUAAUGGUUAGGAUUUAAAAAAUUGUUUUUUUUUUUCUUUUUCCUCCAGACUGUAUACUUUUUUCCUUCAGAUGAGUAGGAAAAUAGACACACUGCAUUCAAAACCAGGGAAAUUUUCAUCAUUACCCACUGCCUUCUCCUUCCAGUGCCCAGUGAAUGGGUGUGAGUGCCUAGCUGAAAAGUCGAGGAAUAGACUAAGAAUUUGGGUGGUAUUCCUGGCACCAUGAGCAGUCUUUCCUUCCUGUAGUGUUGCAAGAUAAAGCUCUUCCCUAUGCAAGAUAACAGAUUUGGCACAAUUACAUGAAAUCUUUACAUGAACGAUUGCAUGAAGUUCAGAAUAUAUCGUGUCUGGAAAUCAGCUGUUUUGCCAUCCCUGAAUUUGCUUAACCACCUUGUGUUUUUAUUCAGAAAAGAUGCUAUUAUUACUGAUCUUUUUCUCAGUGAUUUGGGGCAUUUUCUGGGCUACUGACAUACUUUGAUGCUCUAAUUUAAAAAUUCAUGGUAUUGAUUUAAUGCUUUAGUAGAGAAACACGGCAGUGUUUAAAAAAGCAGAUAUUUAAAUGAUAAACUGUAACGUGCAGAUGACAAUUGAUGGUCUCUUUUAUACCCCUCCUCCACUUCGCCAUUCUACCCUUCUUGCAGCUUGAAGUUCCUGGUACUCCAACUUGUGUUUUCUGUGUUCUGCAAAGUCAGGUUCCCUGUUUCUGAAACAAAGAAAUAAAAAUUUCCUGGGGAUAAAAGAAAGCUCUUCCUUUUUAAGUCGCAGACAGAAUAUAUGGUCCCCCCUCUCCCCCUUUGAAUUUCCCUGUGUAAUUACCGUAUCUGUCUGCAGGAGAAAGGACUCCUUGUGGUUUGCUCUCCACUACCUCUUAGAGACAUAUCUGCAGAGCCGCGCAGCGCACGUGGCACUCAUCUCAGGGCGAGAGCUCCCAGUUUUAUGAGAAUUAGGCGAGCGUAGGGUAGCUUCUUUCCCCGAAAGCCAGUCCCGCUUCCCCGAAAGCCAGCCGCGUAUCAGCUGCGUGGGGCUGGGUCCCGGGGAGGUGGAGCCUGCCUGCUCCCAGCGGCUGCGAGAGCCCCCGCGUCUGAGAGCAUCCCCGCCGCCGCUCUCCCUGCUCUUGUGCUGCUCCGGGGAGUGGAGGAGGCACGGUGUGCUCGCGGACCGUGGGGUAAACUGCAGUUGCUCUUUGGGGAGCCCGGGGAGAACACCAGGCGGGAGAGAGAGCGCCAGUGCCAUGGGCCAGCUAUGCUGCUUUCCUUUCUCAAGAGACGAGGAAAAAAUCAGCCCGAAACCUAUUGGAAUCCGGGACUUAAUUAAUGAAGCUUUGUGUCGAGAGAGGAUGGGUCUGCAGUCCAAAGUGAAGGAGAUAAAAGCACUUUUAUUAAAGCCUGAGAUUCAGGCCAAAAUCAGGAGGGAGCUCUUUGAAGGAAGAUUCAUUAACAACAGUAAUCAAGGAAACGAUGUGGAUUUCAGUGCAACUUUGACAUAAACUCUACAUUGUUAUCAUGGUACUAGAGUUUAUGAUAUCUUUCCAGCUCAUUAAAUAGCUCUUUGGUGAAUACCAAAGAAGUGUUCUGAUAGUUUGCACAACAGCAAACCAACAUUUGGUAAGGAAUGAACAAUUUCUUUCCAAAGAAAACUGAAUUCUGCACUGUUAUUUUUAAGCUAAACUUGUGUUUUAGAAUGUUUAUCUCUGUAAUAUCAAGAUUCAUUUUAUAGAAAAGACUUCUUAAUUAGCUGUUGUGAGAUGUUCCUUGAGUCCUCACAGAUAAAAUAUACAGACUGUGAAAAACCAUUUACUAAAAAAAAAAAAACAAAAUAAAACCCAGUAUUUUAAGGGUUAUUUGUUUCCUGUUGACAUGACUUUUGUUGUUGUUCAGUCAAAAGAAGCAUUGUUCACAUGUAUCUAUAUCUAGUGUUGCUUUUAAUGAGACUGAAUGUUUAUUGAUCACUAGUACUUGAAUGAACAUUUAUAAAUGUAAUUAUUGCAGUCACUGGUUAAGAAUGUUUUAUAAUUGCCAUAUGUAUUAUUUUUCAAUGAUUGAAAUGUAGUUUGCUUUUUCAUUUCUUACUGAAUGUUUGGGGUUUUUAUUUUCUACUUUUCUGAAGAUAAGCUAGCCCAUGUCUUAUUGUAUCCCUUAUAAUCUGAAUUUGCUUGCACUGGUUCAUUUUUAAAGAAUAUUCUUGAAAAUUUUCCUUCCCAUAUGAUAAUCACUGGUAACAGCUUUUUCUAUAAUCAUUGUAAAAUUGCUGCUACUAACAGAUCAUGAUGGAGGGGGAAAUUACUAGAGAUCAAAUAUGUAAUCAUUUCAAAGAUAAAAUCCAGUUUACUCAUGGAUUUUUGCUAUUUUUUCACUGGGUAAAUUAUAGUACAUUUAUUUAUAAGUGAGUUUAUGCAUUUUCAUGCCUCUUAAUAAAUGUAUUGUUUUCCCUUGU